AUGGAGUCUCUUAUUCCAACGUAUUUGCGACUAUUGGUUGCCGUGGAGCAGAUGUUGAGCUUCCUCAAAUUGUAUUCGGGAAAAAGUUCAGCACUUGAGGGAAUUGUUGGACGUGAUUUUUUGCCGAGGGGCGUUGGUAUAGUCACUCGUCGACCGCUCAUUCUUCAUUUAUCUCAUUCACCAUUGAAGAGUCCAUUGCGAGAACAGAAGAAAGCUCCGGCAAUUGAUGAUUGGGCCGAAUUUGGACAUGCGCCAGGCGUUAUUUAUACAAAUUUUGAUGAAGUUCGAGAGGAAAUUGAACGCGAGACAGACCGUUUGACUGGAAGCAAUAAGGGCAUCUCUCCUGUUGCCAUCACUUUGACUAUUUAUUCGCAAAAUGUCGUCAAUCUCAGUCUUGUCGACUUGCCUGGUAUCACCAAAGUUCCGGUCGGUGACCAGCCGCCUGAUAUUGAGGUUCAAAUUCGUAAAAUGCUUUUCUCUUUUAUCUCGAAUCCGAAUUCGUUAAUUCUCGCUGUCAUGCCGGCUAAUCAGGACUUUGCAACUAGUGAGUCUCUCAAAAUUGCUAGAGAAGUUGAUAAGGAAGGAAACCGAACACUCGUUCUUUUGACAAAACUUGAUUUGAUGGAUCAAGGCACUGAUGCUAUGGACGUUCUUACAGGGAGAUUGGUACCUGUAAAGCUUGGAAUUAUCGGAAUUGUUAACCGAUCUCAAGCAGAUAUUAUUGCGAACAAAUCAAUUAAGGAUUGUCUGAAAGACGAAUCAAAAUUUUUGCAAACAAAAUAUCCAACUUUGGCUUCUAUGAAUGGAAUUCCCUAUCUGACAAAACAACUAAAUCGACUUCUUAUGCAUCAUAUUAGAGAGUGCCUUCCGCAGUUAAAAAUUCGGAUCAACACUUUAAUUGUCCACUGCAAUACAAUUUUACGUAGUUUUGGUGAGGCCGUUGUUGAUAAGAAUCGUACUCUUUUGAAUAUAAUUACCCAUUUUUCUACUGCCUAUAAUUCGACUAUUGAUGGGACUGCGAGAAAUAUCGAGACUACAGAGUUAUGUGGUGGAGCUCGUAUUUGUUAUAUUUUUCAUGAGACAUUUACUCGCGCAUUAGAAGAUUUUGAUCCUCUUGCGAAUUUGAACAAAUUGGAUGGUUUGCGACCGUCUUUGUUCAUUCCCGAAGUUAGCUUUGAAUUGUUGGUUAAAAAGCAGAUUGAGAGACUUGAGGAGCCAGCGAUUACAUGUGUUGACUUGGUCUACGAGGAAAUGCUUCGAAUUGUUCAGCAUUGUGGAAUUGAAGUUCAACAAGAAAUGCAGCGUUUUCCGUUUUUGUAUGAGCGAAUCCAUGAAGUUAUCAAUCAUGUUCUUAGCGAUCGACUUCCACCAACUAAAGAGUUUGUUUCGAAUCUUGUCUCAAUUCAAUUAGCCUACAUUAAUACCAAACAUCCAGAAUUUGCGUCUGAUGCUUCUCUUAUAAAUUCUUUACAAGGAGCAUCUUCUGACGAAUCUGUGGCAAUAAUUACUGAGAAGGUUCCGGCAUCCGAAGCUGAUGGAAAAACUGCUUCAGCUUCUUUACCUAAUUUGGAAAAUGGUACAAACGGCCCGUCUUCUGUUUUUGGGGAAUCUGCGUUUUAUGCUGACAUCCAUAAUAAAGUUAAUCUCAAAAAACUUCAUCCAAAUUAUUGGUUUAAUCGCAACUCAAAACAGGCGGAUGAAGACUCAGAUCUUGGAGGAGAUAAUGGAACUGCUGACGGUGUUUUAACACGUACUGAUAAGACAGUUAGGCGUCCUUUGUCUGUUAGAGAGAAGCGGGAUAUUGCUGUUAUUGAGCGUUUAAUCAAAGGCUAUUUCAUUAUUGUCCGUAAAUCCAUUCAAGAUUUAGUGCCGAAGGCAAUCAUGAAUUUCCUUGUUAAUAAUGUGAAGGAGAAUCUUCAAAGUGAAUUGGUUCGACGUUUGUAUAAUGCUGAUGACUUAAAUACUCUCCUUUCGGAGAGUGAUGCUAUCGCUCAAAAACGAGCAGAAUCGGCCGAAAUGCUUAAGGCUUUGAACAAAGCGAACAUGGUCAUAAGUGAAAUCCGUGAGACUCAUAUUUGGUAA